ACUUCAGUGUAAGCAGUGUUGGGAUUCAGUGUGGCAGCAGGGGAAAUCUGGGAUAUCUGGGAAAGGGGAGUCGGUGAAAACCCGGACUAAACCGGCAGAAAUCCCGACGAAGCCUUGGCCGUCACACCGCGGGGUUCCCCGGCGGACACGGACACCUCUCCUCUGAUCUCCCCGCUGCUGGCUGCGGUUUUUCUCCCGGAUAACCUCACCAGGAUCUGCACAGGUGAUUGACUUCAUCCACUCUGUGCUGUGUUGGAGCUGGACUGAGCCGUGUCAGCAGACCAAAGAUGGACCAUGUGUCAGACGAGGAGGUGGAGGUCAGGGAGGAAGAGGAGGAGGAAGAGGAGGACAGUGAUAAGGAGGACCAGGACCUGGAUAAGAUGUUUGGAGCCUGGCUGGGAGAGCUGGACAAACUCACACAGAGUCUGGAUGACGGCCGCCCGGAGCGGCCUCCUCAGCAGAAAGCUCCCCUCAGACAGGAGACCAACAUGGCCAACUUAACCUACAGAUUCUCCAUCUACAACAUCAAUGAGGCGUUGAAUCAGGGCGAGAACGUGGAUCUGGACGCUCUCAUGGCUGAUCUCUGCUCCAUCGAACAGGAACUCAGCACCAUCAACACAAAACCCAACAGCGCCGGCAGCCUGGCUCGCCUGGGGCUGACCGACACCAAGGUCCGUCAGAAGCCUCCAGCAGGGCGCAGUGGCAGGCAGCAGCCAGCAGGGAGCAGCAGCGCCGGAGGUGGUGGCGGUGGCAGCAGUAGCGGUGUCAGCGGUGGGGGCGGCAGCAGCGGGGCGAGCAGCAGCAGCAGCAGCACCAGGGCGUCGCCGGCCGGCACGAUCAGAGCUCCCACCGGGCAUCAUGGGAGACCGGCGCUGGCUUCUAACUUCAGUCUGGACGACAUCACCGCCCAGCUGGAGAAGUUGCCUCAUCAGGGUCACAGAAGUCUGGGGAAAUUCAAGAAUGAAAGGAACGCAGACACGGCGUCUCUCAGCAUGGACGAGGCUGCUCGUCAGAGCUCCUCCCACUCCCUCAGCUCCGCCUCCACCUAUACAUCAGCCACGAUGCGGCGGCCCGCAUCCUCCCAGCGCCAGCACCGACGCACGGGAUCGGUCGGCACGGUCAGCGACCACGAGGUGCGUUCAAUCGUCCACUCCUCGCGCUCCUCCGUCACCUCGGCGUCCGGGGUUUCUGUUAACUCUGCUUCCUCCAUGGAUUCGUUGGACAGCGUCCUCCGCUCCAAUGAGUCGGACGGUCAGCAGUCCACAGGUCAAGCUGAGGGCGCCAGUCAAGGUCAUCACAUCACAGAGCACUCCUAUCUGGACAGGGAAACCUCUCUGAUUCUGAGAAACAUAGCAGGAAAACCUACCCACCUGCUGACCAAGGAGGAGCAGGCUGCCAAGCUGAAGGCAGAGAAUAUCCGACUCGCCCUGGAGAAGAUCAAGGAGGCCCAGGUGAAGAAGUUGGUGAUUCGUGUUCAUCUGUCGGACGAGAGCUCCAAGACCAUGAUGGUGGACGAGAGACAGACGGUCAGACAGGUUCUGGACAGUUUGCUGGAGAAAUCUCACUGUGGCUACAGUCCAGACUGGUCACUGGUGGAAACCAUCAAUGAGCUGCAGAUGGAGCGGAUCUUCGAGGAUCAUGAGAACCUGGUGGAGAACCUGCUGAACUGGACCAGAGACAGUCAAAACCGCCUGAUGUUCACUGAACGCAUCGAGAAGUACGCCCUGUUCAAAAACCCCCAGAACUAUUUGUUGGGGCGGAAGGAGACGUGCGAGAUGGCCGAAAGAAACAAAGAGGCUCUGUUAGAGGAGUGUUUCGGCGGCAGCUCAGUGUCCGUCCCUGAGAUGGAGGGAGUGUUGUGGCUGAAAGAGGAUGGGAAGAAGUCGUGGAAGAAACGCUACUUCCUGCUAAGGGCCUCUGGCAUCUACUACGUCCCCAAGGGCAAAGCCAAGGCAUCCAGAGACCUGGUGUGUUUUCUCCAGUUGGAUCAUGUUAACGUUUACCACGGCCAGGACUACAAGAGCAAGUACAAGGCCCCUACAGACUACUGCAUGGUGCUGAAGCACCCUCAGAUCCAGAAGAAGUCGCAGUACAUCAAGUACCUCUGCUGUGAUGAUGUCAGAACCCUCCAACAAUGGAUCAACAGUAUUCGCAUCGCCAAGUACGGGAAGCAGCUGUACAUCAAUUUCCAGGAGGCAAUGAGGAGGACAGAGGCGGCCUAUGAUUGGUCUUCCCUAUCGUCUUCCUCCAUCAAGUCAGGAUCCAGCUCCUCCAGCCUCCCAGAGUCCCAGUCCAACCACUCCAGCCAAUCGGACAGUGGCGUUUCAGAGAUGACGUCAACAGGCCACACCCGCUCCCAGAGUGUUGUCAGCUCCAUCUUCUCUGAUGCCUGGAGGAGAGGAACGCAAGGAGAGAUGAUGAAGAUAGACCCUAUCAGUAGACCUAUCCCUCUCCAGAUACCUUCCCUCUCUCCACAACCCCUCCCUCUCUCUCAGCCUCAGACCCCACCCUCCCGGACCAGCUACACCGACGGCCUCAUCCCAUCUGAGGAUUCCUCCCCAUCACCUCCCUCGCCUCCACCACCUCCGCCUCCUCCCCCUAUCGCAAGUGUGGCCCAUCAGUCAGCACCUACCUCCUCAUAUGUCAAGUACAGCACACUGGCUCGCCUGCAGAGCCAGAACCAGUCCAGGACACAGCUGCCAGGAGCCACCCCACCAUCCCUCCCCAUCCAGUCUACAAAACCAAACUACAAUACCCUCCCAGCCGCUUACAGCACCUCCCCUCCAUUACCACCAUCUCCUCCCCCGCCUCCUCCACCCACACUGCCAGCUCCUGGCUCAGCCAUGGCUGCGUUGAGAUUUGGUCCAUCUAGCCCCUCUGCUCUGCCACCACCACCCCCGCUGGAAGAGGAGAUGCAGGAGUCCUCCUACCUCCCCCCUCCUCCACCAGAGAGCCUGGAGGCCAAUGGGUUGCUGCUUCCUCUCCCUCCAGAGCCCAUCCUCAACUCCUGUCCUCAGCUCUCCAACGCUGGCCUCCAGCAGUUCUUGGCACAGAAGUUUCCCAACAUGGUGUAUGACUUCAGCCCAGGAGUACCCGACGAUGACUCUCCUCCUCCUCCUCCACCUCCGGCUGAGCUUUCUCCUCCUGCUUCCCUGCAAGCUCUCCGGCCUCUUUCCCCCAAUGCGCCCCCUCCUGCACCUCCAAAAACCUUUACUGGUGGUUUUCCCCCUCAAACUGCUCCCAAACCUUCUGGUCCCUCUUCCCUUCCCAUUGCCCUCUCACCUGUGUCACCCACACCGCUCCACAGUGGCCACGGGCCAGUUAAAAAGCAGCAGAGUUUCUCAACAGGUCAUUCCCCAAAUCAGCCACCUCCCACAUUGCCAAAGCAGCACAGUCUCUCUUCCAAAAACCUUGCCCUCUCUCCUUCCUCCUCCUCUUCCGUCUCCAUUGCAGCUGCUACCUCCUCUUUGGUCAAACAGAUUGUCAAUCAGUUCCCAGGAAAUGCUGCCCCUUCCUCUCUGCCUGCCUCCAACUCCAUGGAAGGAUCUAAGUUCUCUGCUCCUCAGUCUCCUCCUGCCGUCAAGGCCAAACCAAAAUGGCAGCCAGGAGGUGUUGUGGCGCCACAGUCCCCAGAGUUCCCCCCACCUCCUCCUGACAGCUCCUUAGGAGAUUUCCCUCCUCCUCCCUCUUCAUCCUCGUCCAGAACAGGCUCCCCUAUAAAGAAGUCGCCUUCCACCUCAUCCACAGGAUCCAUCAAGCGAGGGCCUCCACCAACCCCACAAAGAGCCUCCUCCAUUCGGUCCAGUUCAGGCGAGACUCAAGAGGAGAGGCCAAAGAAGGUGGAGAGCCUGGUCAACAAAUUUGGCCAAACUCCUCAAACGGGUACGUCCUCAAGCUCCUCGUCAGCGACUGGGUCUCCUUCAAAAGAUUCUUCUGCGCUUCCUGCUCCGCUCCCUAAGCCGGGGAAGCUGAACUUAGCGAACCUCCCGUUGGCGCUCCAGGGGCUACAAACAGGCCAGCACCAUCAGCCGUCUGACUUCCCAUCCCCUCCUCCCCCACCUCCCCCCUCCCAGCCUACUCACCUUGAGUCUCCUGACUACUUCCCACCUCCCCCCAGUGACUUUGAGCUUUUCCCUCCUCCUCCCCACCCGUCAGAGUUCCACCAGACCCCUAAGGUCGCUGUGGUGAACCCCCAGCCUCAGAUGCAGCCGCAUCAACAGUCAGCAACCUCCUCCAUGUCAUCGUCGUCAUGGAAACAAGGCUCACUGAAAAAGGGGGCAGUCCCUCCUCCAACACUGAACCGGCGGAGCAGCAACACGACCCAGUAUGACAAUACAAUUUCAAUGCCCCUCUCGCCGCCUCCCCUGUCUCAGACACCACCUCCUUCCCUGUCCUCAUACUCCUCCUCCUCCUCCUCCUCUCCCGUCCCCCCCACCUCCCCGAAAUCAGCAGGGCCGGUCUCGCUGGCACUAAAGCCUCACUUCCUGGAAGACCUCAAUCGCACUCUUAAGCGGAAGUCAGUGUCUCGCCAUGGCUCGCUCACCUCCUCCCACCUCAUCUCCUCUAAGAUGGACCCUGUGGGCACCAUGGACGACAUGGCGCUCCUCCCACCACCCCCUCCGGAGCUAAUGCAGCAGCAGCAGCAGGGCGUCCGGGGACACUCCCAAACUUUGUCUCGCCACCACACGCACUCCCACUCCACCAAACAUGCCAACAUCUCAGGCUAUGCAACGCUGCGGCGAGGCCCACCUCCCGCUCCUCCAAAAAGGGACCAAAGCACCAAACUGACCAGUGACUGGUAGGGAGCAAGGACACUGGGUGGAGCCUAAAGAACUGAACUGACUAUUUAGGUCUCAUCGUUACUGCAGAGAAGAAAUAAUCGAUGUCUGUCUUGACUUGUCCGUCUCUCCUCAUCCUAAACCAUCCACCCUUGGAUCUCCGAGCAAGUAGCAAACCGUGUUUCCUACUCUUAAUCUCAGAUUAUGAUUGUUCCUAUUAUCCUCAUUAUUACUAUCAUUACCAAUACAUGUUUAAUCCAAUGACAUGAGCAAAAAUACAUAUAUAUAUAUAUGUAUAUAUAUAUCUGUAUACAAGCAAGCCAGAAAAUCACCUAUCAAGCUUUUUUCACAAUGUCUGUGCAGCUUUGCAUUGAAAUAUACAAAAGACAAGACUUGAACGACAACGGCAACAGAGACAAUUUGCUGCAAAAUAACUGGUACUGCAUGGAGCCGUGGCAAUGGAAGUAACGUUACUGAUGAAGGGAAGGAGGGAUUAAUGGAAGGACGCGAAAGCGAGAUGGCGUGUACAGAAAUGUUGAGGGGUUGGGGGGGCUGUGGGUGGGGGCAGUCUUAGAGGGAGCAUUGCCAUUUAUUUCAAACUUUUUUUGUGUGUUUUUAUAUAAGAUUAUUUAAUACUGGAAAGAUAUUGUUAUUAUAAUUAUUUUAAGUUUUUAAGAAGUGUCAGAAGAGAAUGAGUUUGACUGGACAUGGGUCUGUAUUCUCAAAAAUAUGAUGAAGUGUUGACCUGGUUACCAAACUAGCAUACAGCUAGUUCCACUGAGUUUAUAUAUUUAGAUCAUGUGAUCUAAACAUAUUUCUUUAGAUCAGAGCUUCUUGGCUGAUUUUUGUUGACUUACAAGGAUAAGACUUGAUGUUUAAAUGCACACUGAUUUUACACUUUUUGUCAGUCAGCUAGAGAACCACCCUGUAAGGUUGUGCUCAGAUUACAGGUGUUUCUAAAAUCCCAACCAAGAUUACAAUUAUAACACCAGAGGGAACUACACAUCAAGUUAUUCUCACGUCUUCCCUUCCCUCUGUAAAGUUAGUCUUGCACAUUUAGACAUACUUUUCCUUCCUCUCAGCUGUCCACAUAACCCAUCCAGAUUUCAAUUUGUUCAUUUUAAUCAGAUCUGACUCUGGGACCAGAACCUCCUGUAGUCUGAGCUCAGCCUUUGCACAUCAGUCAGUCAGCGACAUCAAACAAAUGUCCACGUUUUCAUGACAGACUUGAUUACCACCUUGUUUAAACAGACUCUGUUCCGUGAAUUCAUCAGUGAGUCAGUCAGCUUUGCAGUCAGUGUUUUGAUAGCUUGUAGACCAAGCAGCUAGUCAGCUACAAUGAACUGUGUGAAAGAAGGUGAUCAUCAAUUUGCUAGUUAAUAAAUCAGUCACUUGUUUGUCAUCGUAACGACUGGUCAAUGACUUUGCUCGUUAGUUAUUAAAAGGUGUGAGUCCACUUAGCGUUUAGUGAUCAGAGUAGCCUGGGUGAACAAGUGCCUGAAAAAUGAAACACUCGUGUGGUAACAUCAUAUCCUGCUGAAACUUUACCUUCAGUGAUGCCACUCUUUUGAAGUUUUGAAGCCUGGAGUUUAGGUUUACCAUUCACACACUGCCAAUUUGAUCAGACACUGUGGCCAGAAAAAUCCUAAUUUGGAGCAAAUGUAAGAGGAGCUUAUGUGGCACAAGAAGCAGAAGUUAACAUAGGUGAGAGUGAUUGUCUUAGACACCUGUAAAUCAAGAGAUUAUACUCCUCUUUAGGCCUUAAUUUUCUCAUUAAUCAUCAUGAGAGCUCGUAUUAGAAUGGGUCAAGGUAUACUUUGCCAGACAACAGAGGCCUCAUGCAAUUGCAGGAGUCUCCCAUUCAGAUCUUUACAUUUGAAACUAGGGCUGCAACUAACAAUUAUUUUCAUGUAGAGAGUUCUGAAGAGUUUUGUUUAUAAAAUGUCAUGAAAUAGUGAUAAAUGCCUCUUAUCUCCCACAGUUCACAGUCAUGACUUCAGAUGUCUUGUUUUGUCCAACGGUCCAAAACCCAAAGACAUUCAGUUCACUGAUGCGUAUCACAAAGAAAAUAUUCAAAUCCUCAAAUUCAUGUUUGGUAUUUUUGCUUUAAAAAUGACAGAAACAAUUAGCUGAUUAUCAAAAUAGUUGCAGACAAAUUUUCUGUUGAUCAUCUAUUGAAUUAAUGAGCUCCCAUAUCCAGUAAUCACAUCUCAUUUCUGUCCUGUAGUAAUUCCAGUGGUUUGUCUCUGUUUGUACUUACAAUUACAUUUAUGUUGUAACUUUAAACUCCAGCCUCUUCCACUGUGAUAUGUAUUAUUAUGAAUGAGUGACACUGGGCAUCUUUUAACCAAAUUUCAACCAGAUCAUACUUAAGAGUUGAAACCAUUAACUGAUUGGUCAAUCGACAGCAAAUGAAUCUGCAACAAGUUUUGUUUUUGUAUUCUUAUGAAUUUUGUUGUUUAUUUUUCCAUCAUCCAAACUAGAAAAUUCAAAACCUUUGGGCACUUGGGGAUUUUUCACUACUUUCUAACACUACUGACAUUAACCUAAAGUGCAGGUUCCCAUAUAAAACACAAAAGUAAGACCACUCUUAUAAUAGAAAAAAAACUGAUGCCAGGAGGCAGGUGCAAGCACUUAAAAAGCAGUGGCACUUAGAGAAAGAUGCCUAGUGGAUACAACCUGGGUCAGUUUGGGAAUCAGCAAUCUAGUAGUCUAGCUUGUAAAUCAGUACAUAAUUUGACUCUGGUUUUAGCAACAUGUUUGAAAAAUGUCUUAGUCAGUGCAGUAUUCUCGUUAGUUAGCCUGUGACGGCUACAUCCGAUUAGGUAGCCAGCUGGAUGAACCCUGUCAGUCAAGUAGUCUGCUGCUAUAUCCAAGCAUCCUUCCACACUCUUAUAGCUACAGAAUCAUGGUCUGUCAUUUUAAAAGAAAUAACUGUUUAGAUCAGCUGAUAAAGGCUGUAUCAUUUCCUCUUAAUAGUUUUUUUUUUACACUUUAUGUGCAGCUGAACCUGUUUUACUGUUUUUAUCUCCCUUGCAGCCUCUAGAUUAAAAUCUGUCAGCAUGCCGUUACCAUCACCAGUGCAACAGCACAGAUGCCAAAAAUGUGAUAUUACUGCUCCGGAUUAUUUGAUUUUUAAUGUGCAAUCGUUUGUUUUUGAAGCACUCUGAUUUAAUUUUAAUGUGCCAUUCUGGUAAAAAAAAAAAAAAAAAAAAAAAUGAUUUCAAUUCAUUUCAAAUUUGUCUGUUUUGUAUUAUUGUUAGACGUAAAGGGGGAAUUCAUCCAAGAGAAGUACUUCCUUUGCCCACAGUCCUGCAGGAAGAUAAUCACAAGGCCUACAUCAUGGUGCAUCUGAGUGACAUUCAAGAACAACAUACAGUUCAACACUGUCAGGCCUGCUGUUGCAUUUAAAAUAAAUGAGUCAAACCGAAGUGCAGAUUCUAGAGUUUUUACCUAGGUCGAAUUAGAUUUUUCCCAGGCUUUGAAAAUUUGGGGGACAUGAGGAAGUGUGGAAGAUUGAUUUUCAAAUAUGUUUGAGUCAUUGUUUUUAAGCUUCCUGUGACAUCUGAUGAUAGAUGCAGUGGCGCAGUGACAGCAUAUUGCACAUCAUAUUAAACCAAAAAAGUCACACUAGUCAACACGCUCCGCUCUUGGUGAAUACAAAAAGUUAUAUUAUUACCUUCAAAUUAAAUCUGUAUGGUCAUGUUUUCAACCAAAUCUCUUGUGUGUAUGAUAUGGUUGGCUUUCCGAGUAUCUUAAGUUGUGGGAAAACUGUUGGUAACAUCAAUGAUUGUCAACAAAGAUGGGCGUUAUCUUGUUUUUCAAAUAUGGUAUAUGAUUCUGUUUUAAUUCCAUUUCAAACCUCUGUUCAGGAACAAAAAAAAGUGGACACACUAUUUCUAAAAUCUGUACAUCACAAACUUGUGAACUCUGAGCUACCAGAAACUUUAGUUACAGUCAAUAAGAUAUUGGUAGAUUGGGCAAACAAGCUCUCUUGAAGGCACCGUAUGAAGUGAAAGUUACAAUUUUAGAGAGGUUAAAGGUCGGAAAACUCAUUGCUUUCAAUCCCUGUCAUAAAGAGUUGUGUAAGGCAACAGAGAAGCAGGAAUAUCGCCCGUUUUCUUGCCCAGACGCUUGUGAUAAAUAAAAUGUUCAAACCACGA